AUGAGACACGACACAAAUCAGGAAGCCAGCUUUCUGGGAUUUCCUCAUAGCAUGAGGGGGUGGGGGCAGGGGGGGAUUUCGCAGCCACUCACCCUCAUUCACAGGGAUGACGUCUGCCCACGCACUUACCACAAAGAGGCAUCAAAUAGGAGCAGGACGUGUUCAGCCUCCUUCUCCCUGAUUACAGAGCGAUCAGCUCGAAGAAGGCCCGCGCACCUCUCACCUCAAUAUAUCUCUUCUUCCGACCACUGCCUGAUCCUUCCCGCGCACGUCAGCCAUAGAGGGACAAGUCGAAAGCAAUUUGUACAUAGUGAUCCGGCCAAGAUGGAUGUGUUUAUGAAGGGUAUGUCUAAAGCUAAAGAGGGUCUGGCUGUGGCUGCUGAGAAAACCAAGGAGGGAGUCGCAGUGGCAGCGGAAAAGACUAAAGAAGGAGUCAUGUUUGUAGGAAACAAGGCCAAAGACGGGUACGGCACGGUGGCUGAGAGGACCACUGGGGCCAUGGGUAACAUCGCUGCUGCCACUGGUCUGGUGAAGAAGGACGAGUUUCCCUCUGACAUGAACCCAGAGGAGUACGGGCAGGAGGCCAUGGAGGGCCAGGGAGAGGCCAUGCUGGAGCCAGAAGGGGAGACAUAUGACGAGUCCCAGCAGGAGAACCAGGACUACGAACCAGAGGCGUAA